CCAUUCUAAACCCUUCCAGCGGUGACCUGGCGGACGCCCUCCCUAUGGUCCGCUGGCUGACGGCUCAACAAAACCCUUACGGAGGAUUCGGAAGCACUCGGGACACCAUCGUUGCCCUCCAGGCUCUCUCUAAGUACUCGAUGCUGACGUUCAGCCCGGAUAGCAGUCCUGUCAUCACCGUCACCAACACCAACGGCUUCAAUCACGUCUUCACGGUGAAUUCCCAUAACCGGCUCCUUCUUCAGCAGAAGGAUCUGCCAGACAUCCCCGGCGACUACAGCGUGUCCGUCACCGGCAGCGGCUGUGCCUUAGUUCAGUUUGUUCUCAGGUAUAACAUUCCCCAGCCGGAUACCGGAGGGGCAUUUUCUCUUAGCGCAGAAACCAAAGCAAUCAACUGCCCCCCGCACCCCCUGCCAAAGUUUGCCCUAACCCUAACAUUCAGCUACACUGGGACUCGAGAGGCCUCUAACAUGGUUGUCAUCGAGGUGGACCUGCUCACAGGUUACGUGGCUCUUCAGGAAGUUAUAAAUGAUAUUUUAACAGUAAAAGUGAUAAAAAGAGCAGAGAUCACGAAAUCUUCCGUCAUUAUCUACGCUGAAGAGCGUUGACCCCGAUGCCUUCCUCCCCCAGCUCACCUCCACCCCGGUCACCGUGUCUUUCAAACUGGAGCAGGAAAGUCCUGUAAAGAACCUGAAACCGGCAAUGAUCAGGAUCUACGACUACUACAAAACCGAGGAACGAGCUGAAGUCAGUUAUACUGCCCCCUGCCAGUAAGGUUCUGCCGGUGAAUUCCAGUUUCCAGAAUAUAAUAAAGCUAUUCGCUCUUAGACCUGAUCCUCGUGCUUUUAUGGAUAGUAAAAGUGUAAUCGGGUGACUUCUAACUUUUUUCUGCUUUUAAAUUUAAUAAAAGAUAAAUCACUCAAACUUCAUCAGUCUGGUCCGGCCCC